AUGGUUAAAUUCUUAUAUAAUAAUUAUGCUUUAAUUUCCACUUCACAGGAGAACACAGCGCCAGUAAGCGGGCUCAACGGGCUAGAAAUCCAGGCCUACAGGAUCCAGAGCGUGGUGAUCUCGCGCUACGCCGUCACCACCGUCACGUGUAGACUACGCAAUACCUUGGCCCACGCCACGCAUGCCACCUUCAGCUCGCUGCUGCCACAGGCUGCAUUCAUCACUAACCUUACAAUAGAGGCUGGUGGCCGCAACUACAGCAGCAUCGUCAAGGAGCGCGAGGAAGCCAAGCUGCAGUACCAGAAAGCCAAGAACAGCGGCACCAACGCGGCCAUCGUCCACCAGAGGGAACGAGACACGACCAGGUUUCGUAUUGACGUCAGCGUGGCUGGUCUCGAUCAAGUUGUUUUCUACUUGACUUACGAGGAGCUUCUGACGCGGCGCCUGAGCGUGUACAGCCACGUGCUCAACGUGCACCCCAACUACCCCGUGAAAGAUCUUCUGGUCGAGCUCACCAUCCACGAGACGCGCGACAUCAGCGAGCUCAGAGUUAAAUCCAUCCCAGGCGGCGAGCAGUUCCGCAGCGCAGUGAGCGAGUGGCGCGAGGGCAGCCAGACGGCGCGCCUGCAGUUCGACCCUGAGCCUGACCUGCUGCAUGUGAACGGCGGCCUCAGCGGCCAACUCGUCGUGCAGUACGACGUCAAGAGGGCACUUGACGCUGGUGACGUACAGUGCGAGGGAGGCUACUUCGUACACUACUUCGCACCAGUGGACAUGUCCUACACUCCCAAGCACAUCACAUUCGUCAUCGACACCUCGCACUCCAUGCACGGCGCCAAGCUCGACCAGGUGAAGGAAGCUUUGCGUGAAAUACUACACGAGCUGAACGAAGGGGACGCGUUCAGCAUCGUGAGCUUCAGCAACAAGGCGCGCACUCACGUCUCCUUCAGGCACUCAGCGAGCGCCGUGAAGCGCGCCGUCAGGAUCAUUGACGAGCUUCAGGCCGACGGCUCCACUGACAUCGACGAGGGCCUCAAGGAGGCACUGUCUACUGGUGGAGGCGGAGGCCGCGCUGCCCACGUCAUCUCACACCUGCUGGUGCUGCUCACGGACGGCCGCCCCACGCACGGCGUCACGCACUCGCGCACGCUGCUCGACAACGCGCGCCGGCGCAACAAGCACCGCGCCGCCAUCUUCACGCUCGCUUUCGGCAAGGACGCCGACCAGGACUUGCUGGAGAAGCUCGCACUCCAGCACGGUGGUGCUACACGACGUAUCUACGAGGAUGUGGACGUCGCGGAACAACUACAGGGUUUCUACCGCGAGCUGGCCACCCCGCUACUGCUCGACGUACAGUUCUCCUACACGGACGACUCCGUGCUGCUCGACUCCCUCACCAAGACGCACUUCUACAACUACUUCAAGGGAAGCGAGCUCGUAGUGUCGGGACAGACACGAAGCUCUAACGGCGCGACGAUUCGUGCGAACAUCACCGGACACGGACGCAACGGAGAGAUUACGAUGGGCGUCACCGUCUGGAACCUGGUGUCUCCACCUGACCGUCAUCUGCUGCGUCACCUGCACCUCGCCCCUACGCCGCGAAACUUCGUCAGGAGACUCUGGGCCUUCCUCAGUGUCAAGGACCUCCUGGAGGCGGAGAAGUCGUCCUCGAGCCACCACGCCCGCGCCGCCGCCCGACGCAAGGCCAUCGCACUGGCGCUGCAGAACCACUUCGUGACACCCUUGACGUCCCUGGUGGUGCUGCAGCCUGACGAGGAGCACUGCAAAGACUACGAGGAAGAUAACAACGAAGACGUCCACAAGUUACCUGACGAAGCUCAUCCCGACACGAAGCUCGACGAAGGCGAGCGUCCUCCUGUAGUGGAGGCCGACGCGCCCACAGAGUCCAGCGAACUCGACGGGGCUGUCGAAGGCAUCGAAGCCACCGAGUAUCACCGCAACGAGUCAUCAGACAGCGAGUGGUAUGACCCAGACGCCGCCUCCAGGGAUGACCACGCGUCCCCGUCGCCCCCAGGCUCCGAGGACGACCUGGAGCACCUCAACUCCGACAACAUGGCCCGCGCCUACGACCUCGCUCCAAGGAUAUUCAGCGACGCGGGGGACUACCCAUACGAAGAGUACAACGCGCUGGGGCCACAGAUGAUCUCCAAGACUUACCACACCCCCGCCUCUGGGGGACACGGGGCCUCCCAGCCCCCCACUUGGGGUCUGGUGCUUAUCUUGGGGGCUCUCUACAUUUCGCCUCGAUUGUGGGGCGGAAUUCAGCUUACGAUCAAUUCGUGACAUCACUAGAGGCAGCUCGAUCAUCAAUCACGCACAUACUAAGAAACAAACGGAGCAGUGAUUUACUUGGAUUAUUGUACUUUCCAAGUUGUUAAUUGCAUGGAAUCCCAAAAUGAAGGCAUGAGUUAUCUCAAUCAUAUUGUGCUGCAAGGAAAAAGCUAAUACGAUAACCGGAACUUUUUGCGCGUUUGGCAAAAACUCGGGAUUUGAAAACGUGCACAACUUGAAUCGUCGUUCAGCGGUGAAGAGUACAGAGAAUUUGCUUCUUAAAUCACUGUGAAAAAUGUGCCUCCGCAUGCGGCUAGUGUAAACGCGUGCACUAGACAGUGGCAGUGACGAAAUAUUUGGUGUGUUG